CCCGAAUGGCUGCUGCAGGUAGAGGAGGAAAUGCCGAGCGGGAGGGAAACGGGGAGUCCGGGGGGACAUUUUUACUGACUGCCGGGGGAGGGAGGGGGGCUCUCACUGACUGCCGGGGGCGAAUACUGUGUGUGGGAUAUAGUGUGUGUGUGUGUUACUGUGUGUGGGAUAUAGUGUGUGUGUGUUACUGUGUGUGGGAUAUAGUGUGUGUGUGUUACUGUGUGUGGGAUAUAGUGUGUGUGUGUCACUGUGUGUUACUGUGUGUGGGAUAUAGUGUGUGUGUGUCACUGUGUGUUACUGUGUGUGGGAUAUAGUGUGUGUGUGUUACUGUGUGUGGGAUAUAGUGUGUUACUGUGUGUGGGAUAUAGUGUGUUACUGUGUGUGGGAUAUAGUGUGUUACUGUGUGUGGGAUAUAGUGUGUUACUGUGUGUGGGAUAUAGUGUGUGGGAUAUAGUGUGUGUGUGUGUUACUGUGUGUGGGAUAUAGUGUGUGUGGUGGGAUAUGGUGUGUGUGUGGGAUAUGGUGUGUGUGUGGGAUGGGUGUGUGUGUGGGAUCUGGGUGUGUGUGUGGGAUAUGGUGUGUGGGAUGGUGUGUGUGUGGGAUGGUGUGUGUGUUGGUGUGUGUGUUGGGUGUGUGUGUGUGUUGGGUGUGUGUGUGUGUUGGGUGUGUGUGUGUUGGGUGUGUGUGUUGGUGUGUGUGUUGGUGUGUGUGUUGGGUGUGUGUGGGUGUGUGUGUUGGUGUGUUGGGUGUGUGUGGUGUGUGUGUGUGUUGGUGUGUGUGUGUGUUGGUGUUGGUGUGUGUGUGUGUUGGUGUGUGUGGUUACUGUGUGUGGGAUAUGGUGUGUGUGUGUUUUGUGUGUGUGGGAUAUAGUGUGUGUGUGUUACUGUGUGUGUGGGAUAUAGUGUGUGUGUGUUACUGUUUGUGGGAUAUAGUGUGUGUGUGGGAUAUAGUGUGUGUGUGGGAUAUAGUGUGUGUGUGUGGGAUAUAGUGUGUGUGUGGGAUAUAGUGUGUGUGUUAUAGUGUGUGUGUCACUGUGUGUGGGAUAUAGUGUGUGUGUGGGAUAUAGUGUGUGUGUGUGUGUGUGUUACUGUGUGUGGGAUAUAGUGUGUUACUGUGUGUGUGGGGGAAGGAGAGUGCCUGUGUUAAUGUGCAUCUGUGUUACUGUGUGUUGUAUGGGGUUGAGUGACUGUGUUGCGUAGGAAUGAGUGUCUGUUAAUGUGUGUUGUGUGGAAAUUAGUGUCUGUGUUAGUGUGUGUGUUGUGUGGGAAUGAGUGUCUGUGUUAUUUGAGGAAAAGUGUUUGUGUUGUGUGUUUGGGCAGGGAAGUGUGGGAAGGAAAGUGUGUCUGUUACUUGUGUUGUGUGGGCAAGAGAGUAUGUGUGUGUGUUGUGCUGGCAGAGUGUGCAUUUCUGGACUUGUUUAGGAGAAAUUGUGUGAGGAAAUGCUAUGUGAGAGGGAAAUGGGCUACAUUAAAGAAGUCAUUCACUGACUGCAGGGUGGUAAAGGAGAGUGUGCGUUACUGUCUUUGUUUCACAGUGUGUUACUGUAUUGUAUAGACAGGAAAUGUAUGUUACUGUGUCCGUUUGAGAGGGUGUGUGUUACUGUGUCUAUUUAGGAGAGGGUGUGUAUGUUAUCAUGUUUGUUUAGGAGUGGGUGGGUGUUACUGUGUUUGUUUAGGAGAGAAUGUGCAUUAUUGUGUGAGAAGGACAUUGUAUUACUGUGUUUGUCUGUACGUUACUGUUUGUAGAAGGGUGUGUUUACAUUACACACAGACACAAUGUAUGCUUCUGGCAUCUGAAAGCUCACCAGAUCCUACGUGUUUACUGGACACACAUACCAUUUGUGUUUACUGGACACACAUACCAUUUGUGUUUACUGGACACACAUACCAUUUGUGUUUACUGGACACACAUUCCUAUUGUGCUUUUUGGGCACACAUACUUUUUGAAGAGUGUAUGGAAACUGCUGGCCUGCAAUAUGUAGAAUUCAAAAGCAUUAGGAGAUAGUCAUUAAAAGAGCACUCCAUUGGGGGGGGGAAACUAUAUAGUAGAUAUAACCCAGACAAAAGCAUGCAUGGAUUUAUUCCCGCAUCUUUUUCAUUGGAGGUAAUCUAAAGCUAGCUUGCACAAGCUGCAGAUCUCUUCAGAUAUAUCAGAAAAAGAGGCUGGACCCGGAGCUACCUGAAGGACCAACAUUAGUGUCCAAGCUUUCAAAACUAGUUUACUUACCAUGGCCAGCACCAGGAAAUUCCUGGUACUAUAACUAUUACAGCACUUGACUGUGUGCCUGAAUCUUGAGUUUAUUGGACCUUCCUGUUAAAGUAGCUCUGUCACUUUUUGGGAGAGGAUCCUGGGCUACUGUGGGAACCUUAUACCACAGCCAUAAGGCAGCGUAAGGGGGCAAUCGACAGAACUUGGAGGUAGCUUCUGUCAAGUUUGACAACUUAGGACUUCAGUCCUUACUUUAUCUUAAGAAAUCUUUUGACCGCAUUGGAAUUUCAAUGAAAUUCUAACACAGUAUCCAUUGUAUAUUUAUCAAAUGUUCCAAAAUAUUUUGGAUGACCAGCCUACUUUAGAAGGGGGGGGGGGGGAAGUAAUCUUUUGAUGGCCUACUGGACAUGUUUGUCGAUAAGAUUUAAAUCCAACAGUAAACAGUUCAGCAGUGCCAAAUGUCUUUCAGUUCUUGAAAUCCUACAUUAGGAGGCACUUAAAUUGACGAUUGACAAAUGUAAACUUUUCUGUUUCUAACAAACAAUGUGUUUACAUUUGUCAGCGUUCACUGACAAAAAAAACACUGCAUUGAGAUGUGGUUGUGGUUCUUUGAGUGUCCUAUUGGACAUGGGAUUCACCCACUCUGUAAGAUUGUAUAGCCCGUGGAGAGGCCUAGGGGCCUGUGAUUUGGAUCCCUGUAACUAGUGCAUUGCAACAAUGCGGAUUAUUCUCUGGUACGGCAGGGGUGAUAUCAUUUAUAGUUUAUUUGCUGGUGGAUGCUAACAUUAUAUAAAAUGAUUCGGUGUUAGAACUAUUGGUUGUGUGUUUAGUUUGCUUGUGUCUACUCUUCCUUCCUUCUGUUUAGAUUUUUUUUUUAAUGGAAAUUAGUUAUUCUGAUUCGGUUGUUAUACUAAUGUUACUAUGGCAUCUAAUGUAAUUAGUACAGUACAUUAAUGUUUAUACGUCAGUUAAGGCAGGGCUCGACAAAUCCCAGGCGCCAGGUGGCAACUAAAAAUUUUGCCAGUGUGCCUGGGAUUUGUCAACUUUUUAUCUAAAUAAGCAAAUAAUGGAGCCGGCCGCCCACCCGUGGGAGCAUGGAGGCGGCCGGCUAAGAGAGCGUUGUACCCGGCCGACCUGAGCGUCAUGGAGGCGGCCUGCUAAGUGGAGCAUCCAGGCGGUCGGCUGGGGCAGCGUGCGAGGAAGCAGUGAUCUUCCAGCGGCUCCUCUCUGCUCCCUCGCGCUGUUUAAUGAUGCCAGGAGCCGGAAUAUGACAUCAUUCUGGCCCCGGCAUCACAGGGAGCAGAGAGGAGCUGCUUGGUAGAUUACUGCUCCCUCUCACACAGGAAGAGAGAGCAGCCCCACUAGACCCCAGGGAACGUCCACUCAGCUCUCCCAAAAGGUAGGGAGGAUAAAAAAAAAUUUAAAUUUGUAUUUGAAAAAGUGUAUGUCAAUGUUUGUGUGUGUGUGUAUGUCAAUGUUUGUGUGUGUGUGUAUGUCUGUCUGUGUGUGUGUGUCUGUCAGUGUGUGUGUGUGUGUGUGUGUGUGUGUGUGUGUGUGUGUGUGUGUGUGUGUGUGUGUGUCUGUCAGUGUGUGUGUGUCUGUCAGUGUGUGUGUGUGUCUGUCAGUGUGUGUGUGUGUGUCUGUCAGUGUGUGUGUGUGUCUGUCAGUGUGUGUGUGUGUGUGUCUGUCAGUGUGUGUGUGUGUGUGUCUGUCAGUGUGUGUGUGUCUGUCAGUGUGUCUGUGUGUGUGUGCGCGCCCCCGUCGGUGUGUGUGUGCGCGCCCCCGUCGGUGUGUGUGCGUGCGUGUGUCUGUUUAGGUACCUGCAAUCACAGUUGGUGUUUUUACUCACCCUUUUUUUCCCAUGAUGUGCAGGUUUUGCCGUGGCUUGUCCCGCCUCCAUUGCCGAGUUGUGUGUAUGUCUGUCAGUGUGUGUGUGUGUAUGUCUGUCAGUGUGUGUGUGUGUGUAUGUCGGUGUGUGUGUGUGCGCCUAUGUUCCUCUGUCGGUGUAUGUGCGGACCUGUGUGCCUCUGUCAGUGUGUGUGUGCGCGCCCCCCUGUCGGUGUGUGUGCGUGCGUGUGUCUGUUUAGGUACCUGCAAUCACAAUUGGUGUUUUUACUCACCCUUUUUUUUCCCAUGAUGUGCAGGUUUUGCUGUGGCUUGUCCCGCCUCCAUUGCCGAGUUCAUUAAUCUUUUUGAUCUCAGCUAAGACAAUGCUUUCCCAUAGGAAAGCAUUGGGAGGAUAAAGCGCAUGUUCUGUAUGGAUAACAUUCAGCGCGUCCAUGCAGAGCACUGACACAGGACUCUCUAAUGGCCGUCUGAGUGACAGCCACUAGAGGUCUUAGUAGGCAACAAUGUAAACACUGCCUUUUCUCUGAAAAUGCAGCGUUUACAUUGAAAAGGUUACAGGAACAGGCUUUAGGCACUAGAACCACUACAUUAAGCUGUAAUGGUUCUGGUGACUAUAGUGCCCCUUUAAAAAACAAACAAAAAAAACCUGGCUCCUAACUUUGUUAGCUGGCUCCUAGAUUCCAAACAAAUUUGUCAAGCCCUGCUAUAAUUGCUUAAAGCCUGUAGUCCCAUGCUGCUUGCCAGGCCUUAAAAGUUACUUGCCAACGCAAGCCCACAGCAUACUCACCAGGGCUAAAUUUUCACUCUCCAAUGGUUAGUGUAGAGUGAAAGCUUUGAGCCCUGUGUACCUUAAUUGCUUUUAAGGCAGGCGGCCAUUGCUGAAAGUGUAUGUCCCUGACUUUUCCUUUAGAUUUAUUUAUAUCUUUGCCCUCUCUAUUUCUAUUGCUUUUUAAGUGGCUUCCUUUAAUGGGACAUUUGAAGCAACUUAAAAAUAACGUUUAAAUACUGGCCAUUAGGAACUUUUAUUUCUUCAUUAUUUGGGCUGCAGCAGCAGAGAGAAACACAUUUUAGGGUAACACUGCUUGAAAAUGUUUGGGGGGUAAAAGUGGGGAAGCUGUACCCAAAUAAACCUUGCACCAUGGCUUUUGCAAUCAGCUGUAACAAUACAAUGAGCUGCUCUGGUUAUGGAACUUGGAGUAUGUUUUCUUAGUUGAAGUAAAUCUUUGAAACUAACAUCUUCCAUCCUUUCCAUUUGAAAGGUCUCCAUGUAGGACGAUCUGACACUCCGAUGAUGAGUAUGGGGAAAAUGCAGAUGGGAGAGAGAAUCGUGGAUCACGCCAUUGAGAUUAUUUGCCUGCUGACUGGAGAGGUGAGAGCUGUUAGGUCUCUCAGAAAGACCUCGCUCAGUGUGGAAUCUAGUCACAGUAUACAGUGGAGGGGAAGCAGGCGGAGUUGUACUUGGCAAUACAGAGUAGCCAAUGGUCUCAAGGCAGGGGCAGAGUCCGUACUUAGAGAUAGAAGGAUCAUAAGAACGAGGCUGACCGAUGUUAAGGAUGUGCUUGGAUAUGAAGAUUUGGGUGCCCAGGAAAGAGGCUGAAGACAAAGGAGAUAGUAGUAAUUCCUUGGUAUAUACAGUGGAGCUAAAGACAUGGGGUUUGCUGAAAAAUACUACUGACCCAGGGAGAAGUUUCAGAGAGAACUUAUGAUAUGGUUUUGCUCACUGAUAAACUACCAUUACCCACAUAAUCCAGAAGCCCUGAAGUUAGUCCUACAACCCUAUAUUUUGUGGAGCCCUGGAAGUUCUAGAUUAGAACAUGGGCAGGCAACCUUCGGAACUAGUCCGUCACAAAGCCCCUGCUGCAAAAGGGAGAAACAUCUGCUGGGUCAUAUUUAGGAUAUUCUGUUAUUUGUAGGAUUUGUGAAAUUCUCUUCUCCAAUAUUUUGUAUCUUUUUUUUAGGUGUCAUUAUGUCAGCAACUGGCAAAAUUAACCACUGUAAACCACGUGAACAAGGAUUGCUCCCAAAUGAACAAGAUGAUUGUGAAACACGCUCAGCAAAUCAUCAGUUUGGUAACCAGAGAGGUGAGGGAUGACUGGAGAGCAAUAAUUUUAUAUUUCAUCAAAAGUAUCAUAUUAUUUCUGAGGUUUUAUUUUUUUUCUCAGCUGAGCGAAACUCAAGAGGCAGCAAUUUCCCAGAGAACCUGCCCCGCAAAGACUUCUCAUUGAGCUACAUUGGGAAGUCUGUGAUUGGACAGACACGGAAAGUCAGAGCGGGGCUAGAAGGGGAGGGUUUGCAAAGACUGCAGAACUGUAUAUUUACAAGCUGUUUUUAGAUAUACCCCAAAUGAAAAAAAAAAGCAUUAAUAAAUGUAAGCAAGUUUCCAUCAGGGGUUUAUAUACUAAAUAAAGAUUUAAUUAUUUUAUUUGGCCAGUAAAGUGUCCCUUUUAACAUGUCCAGAUCUUGUAGUGCUAUUUGUUACAAAAAUAGAGCAUAUUUACCAGAUCAGCUGUACUUUUAUUCUUAUUUUUCUGGAAAUUUUAUGGGAGGUUUCUGGGGGGAAGAAAACAGGGAAAAAAAAUUUUGAUGGCUUCAAAAUGUCCAGGAAUUUAACAUCUCUGCUCUUAUCCCAGAAGCAUAUAUUCAUGAUGGUAUGUCCACCAUCUGAUAAAUAACUCCUGGGCGACUUUUCUUAAAUGCACUUACCCAUUUCAAGGAUCUAAUAAGUCUUUUUUUUUUUUCUUUUCAGAUACCAGUAAAAUGUGGGGAUGUUGCAGUUUAUUUCUCCAUGGAUGAAUGGGAAUAUAUACAAAGUCAUGAAGCACAAUGCAAGAAUGUUGUAGUAGAAGAAGACCAGAUCAUUAGCACUUUGACCAUUACAGAAAGUAGAAGUCCAGGUAACGACAUAGAAGAUAGUCCAAAGUGGUCUUCACUAAUAGAUCAAUUUACAAAACAUCCAGCCACAAAUUAUUUAUACGUUUCAGACUUGUAGGUCACAGCUGUUUCAUUGCAUUUCUAAAAAGUAGCAUGCAGACUCUGACUCCAUGAGACAUGGGUAAUGCUCAGUAACAAGCUACUACCCACUGAGCCAUACAUUCAAAACCAUGGCUCUCUUAAAGGAUCACUAUAGGGUCAGGAACACAAACAUGUAUUCCUGACCCUAUAGUGAAAACCCACCCUUCAGGUGGCUUUCUCCUCUGAGUUAAACCUAACAGUGCAUGGCUUAGCUCAUUGGCUGAGAAUUUUUAGCUGACGCUCUCAUGAGCAUUCACCCCUCCAUAGAGGAUGGAGAUUGCAUUAACCUCUGUGAUUAUUUUCUGAUUGCCAGAACACUGUGAUGAUAGUCUGUCACUACAAUCCGCUGGGGUCAAGGAAAGAUCUUUAGAUGAUGAUCAGCAAUUGGAAGUUGAUCCAGACAGCCCUGAAGGUAGGAGUUAUAAAAUGUUAAGGGUCUUGUUUAAUUCUCGCCUCCUGUACAAAUCCACUUGCUUUUAGCUAAAAAAUUGCAAAUAAGAAUUAUUCACUCAUUUUCUUUCAAAUUAUUUGGAAUUCUCUGAACAGGUCUCCAUUGUGUAUUAUUUUUUUUAAUUUUAUUUAGCCUUGAUCGAAUCAGUGUUUUUAGUAGAAAAAUAGUAUAUUAACUUUCUGCCCAGUAAUCCCUUUCUCUGGAGUAAAUCAGCUAGAGCAAUGAUAGCAAGGAUCCCAAACACCAGCCAAGGCUUGAAGCAGGUCCAAACGUUAUUCAGCAGCUCACAGGUUUAUAUACACAUUCCCAACAUGGGGCCAUUAAGGCACACAUUGCAAUCCCGCCUUGGUGACAGGGAUAUAAUAGAAUCGGCACCCAGGUAAUUUAAUUACCAACCAGACGCAAGCACACCUUACACUAGUUUCUCCAACAACAUGUUCCACACACAAUAUCCCCAAGUGGUGUGCAUUCCUGGAUGGCUCUGGUUUGGGGGGGCAAACUGUCCAAAUACACCUGGAUCAGGUGUGUUUAGCCCAAACAAUCCUUACACAAAUUUUUACUGGGCCUCUGCCUUUUUCCAAUCUGGAGCAGAUUUCCAGGAUGUUUGGUGUGAGGUCUCAGUCACCGACACUGGUUUCCCGUUGCCUCAGAGACCGUGACUAGACCAACCCUAGACAGCUUUCCCAGGGUCCAUGAAGCUAGCUGGACAGCAUAACUAAGUGCCGUGGAUGUCCUGGGGGUGAUGGCACAGGAGGGGAGCAUGAACACAGUGACUUUAGCUCUUUUGGAGAGUAUUUUGCCUUAAGUCCCGCGCCUGUUAACAUAUUGAUCAGUCCGUAACAAAGUUCAACUGUUUUUUUGGUCAAAUAGUUGUAAAUUAUUGUUUAGUGAAUAAUCCUGAAAUAUAGACCAGUAAGCAACAGUAAUAAACACAAUUGAAAUAUUCCUAAUGAUGCUGGAUAUUUGCAAUAAAUGCCCACCCUGCCCCAUACAAAGAUGGCAAUUUUACACCCUUCCUGAUUUGCAGCCCCCUGGAGUUUUCUCGUAGGAAGCAGGGAUUGUCUCUUCAUGAUGUCAGUGACACCCCUGUACUCCCUGGGGAACCCUGCAAGAAGCUGCCAGUAUGUAUGGAUAAGGGGCUAUUUAAAAAACAUCGCUCUGGAAGAGCAUGCAUCGAGGUUUAAUCCGUUCUGAUUGAGUGCCAGCGGGCUUUAACAAGUCCGUGUCAGUGAAUAGUAAUUCGCAAUAUGCUCCGUGAGUUACUUUUCUGGAUCAGUUUAGUCAGAACACAGUACAGUGUACCUUGAACAUUUGUUGCUGUUUUAUCUUCUCUGUAGACUUUAUUUUAUUCUCGUACCUCAAUAAUUAUAGCUAUUAUGUAUGAUUUGUUAUCAAGUAGUAUUUUAAAUUAGGUUUAUUUGUUAUAAGUAUUUAAUUAGAUCAUAAUAUGAGAAUUCACUUUAUUUUCUAUUAAUGAUACAAAUGACUGUGGGUCAGUAUUUAUUGAUUUUAUUUUCAUAUUUUUCUCACAGUUGAAAUGGAUACUGAAAGUGUGCCGGGUGGUAAACCAACAGAGGAUCAAUAUGUGCAGUGUCUAGUAGAAGAUCUCAAGCAGGAAAUUUGUAUAAUCGAUGACCCCGGUAAGCAAAAAAAAACUGAUUAGUAACAGAUUAUAAUAUUGAAUGAUGCAUUAUUACGAUUUGUGGGUAUUUUUUGGAAUUCAAAGUUUAUUCGUUCAAAAGGUACAUACAGUAGUAUAAAGCAAUGGUUCGAAAAGGUAUUGCAUCAUUUUAUAUAAGAAAAGCAUAUGCACUGAGGAUAUCACACAGUGGCAUUGUUUUGCACAAUAAAGCAGAUCCUGCUAUUACAUAAGAAAAAGAGGUGAAAUAUCAAACGUUACGUGUAAAGAAAGCCUAGAUACACCAGGGUAAUACAACGUUAGUAUGGUAUUGCAUGGGUGUAGGCAGACCUACAUGCCAGUAAAGCACUGUAUAGGUGAGUAUUACUGCACAGUAAGUCGUAGCUUUUUGAAGCGUUACUUGGCCUGAAUAUGACAAUUUGUGUGUUUAGGAACAUAACUUCAAGGGUUAGUGCAAACAUCAUGAUCACCUCGGUGGUAUCUGGCGUGUGUGCAUGCAGCGUUUCGCUAUGAAACGCUUUUUUUUUUUGUGUUUGUGUUUAAAAUGUUUGUGACAAUACGAGUAUAGUAAGUUUUAAAACUAAGCUUUGCUGUUGAGGGAGCAGAAGCAAAGCUUGCAGGCUUCCUACGUCCUUCUUUUUACAUCAGAAUAUCUGCAUGAUGCUAGCCAGUUAGCACUAUUCUGGUCAGCUGUUGUUAAGAGUCUCGGUCAUGCCAUUAACCUUUGUAGCAUUGUGUAUGGCUUUGUCAACAGCGGGUUUGAUUUCUUGUUGCAGAUUUGUACUAGGGGUUGCAUUGAUAUGGGCCUCCUAUCAGAUGACUUGUUCGUUUAUACAUUCGUUUUUUUUCUUGCUAUCCACAGCUCAUUUUUCUACAGAAGAUAGUUCCAUGAGCAGGACUAUGUGUGAAGAAUCCCAAACAACAUCAUAUACUGUAGAUACAGUAGCUGAACAAGAUACCAAUGGAUCUCAAAUGUCUCAAGAAGACGCCUCUGAAGUAUUUUCACCUAGUGGUUCGGGAGCCUUUGGUAAUAGCAGUCUCACCUACCCAGAAGCGUCUAACCAUUGUGAACAAAAUAUUUUUACUCUCGCUGAGAAUUAUUUUAGCAGCAACAGUACAGGAGCAUUGGAUUUAUCUGUUCAGGAGAAAAUGGGCCGAAAGACCAGUUUUAAAAGGGAAUCUGCUCUGACUGCUCAACAGUCCCCAAGUAAAGUAGCCAAACCUUUUAGGUGUGAUGAAUGCGGGAAAGAAUUUGAGUACAAUUGCCGUCUGGUUGUACAUAAAAACACACACACCGGCCAUAAACCCUACAUGUGCUACGAAUGUGGAGACGUCUUCUUCUCGAAAGCAAAGCUUGUUGUGCAUCAGAGAUCUCACACCGGUGAAAAGCCCUUUGUCUGUAAUGAAUGUGGCAAACAGUUUGAAUAUAAAUGCCGUCUUAUCGUACACCAGAGCUCACACACUGGCGCCAAACCAUACAAUUGCGAGCAAUGCGGAAAGCAGUUUGCAUCUAGACCCAAUCUUAUUGUCCAUCGAAGAUCACACACUGGAGAGAAACCUUUUAAUUGCAACCAGUGCGACAAAACGUUUGCAUACCAGUGUCGCCUUCUCGUCCACCAGAGGACACACACAGGGGAGAAACCGCACAUCUGCAUUCAGUGUGGGAAGCAAUUUGCCUCUAGGGCUAGUCUUAUAAUUCAUCACAGAACGCAUACUGGUGAAAAACCAUAUAAAUGUAAAGAGUGCGGCAAACAAUUUAUAUCGAAUGCUUAUCUAUCUGAUCAUAUGAGAAUACACACUGGAGAGAAACCAUACGAGUGCAAAGAUUGUGGAAAACAUUUUCGCUCAGAGCCCAACCUUGUUAUGCACAUGCGUAAGCACUCAGCGGAAAAACCGUUUAUUUGCAAUGAUUGCGGAAAGAUUUUCAACUUCAAAUGUCGCCUUCUUGUGCAUAUCCGAUCACAUACGGGGGAAAAAAACCACCGUUGCAAUGAAUGUGGGAAACUGCUGGCUUCGAGAUCAACACUCCUUUCACAUCUCAAAACUCAUUCUGACGGAAAACUGCACAAGUGCGAAGCCUGUGGGAAACGCUUUUUUUCAGAAGCUCAACUUGAAGAACAUUCCAGAACGCACACGGAGGACAGGUAUCACAAGUGUAAAGAAUGCGGUGAGCGCUUUAUUUCCAAAGCUAGACUUAUCAGACAUCGGAAGGUACAUUCUACAAGUGCUAUAAAAGCGAAUAACUCUAAAGUCGUUUCUCUUAGAGAAAAAAGGAAAAAAUACACUUAAUUUUAGGUAAAAGUUAAUAUUUUAAAAAUGUUUUCCUCAUUUAGGUUUACCUUGUCUUCCCAAGGUGUUACAUGCUCUGUUUGCAUAUUUGUUAUUUUUUUCCUUAUAAUUUCCCAUUUAUGUUUAACAUUAAAUGGACCCUAUCGCCUACAGAGCAGAAAUGUGGAGGAUGACAUAUUGUCUAUAAGCAGUGUUGGCAGAAGGCGUGCAAGUGUAUAGUGUGAGAGAAAAGGGGGGUGUCUUUCAUGUUUUUUCCUGCGUCCUGGGCAUAGUUAGCACAUGGAAUUUAAAGCGGAUCUGUCACUUCAUGCAAGUCACAAAUGCUAUAUCAGCACAUGUAUUGCAUGCUCCAGUAUUCCUUCCAUAGUGCAGUAUGCGAGCAUGGUUCUGAAGGUUAAGGUAUUGGACAUGGUGUGCCAUGGGUUUACUGAGACAGCAAAGCACAUAAUGCAAAUUUAAUAUAUAAAAACUGCUUGGAUUUAAAAACAAAAAAAAAGCAUGACCCAUAUUUUCUUGAGCAGAUCAUUGUGACCGUUCCGCUUUAAAAGAAAGAGAGAAAAAAUUCUUUCUGAGAUAUGACUGCUAAAUCCUCAUCCACCAAGCUUUAAAUGUCUCCUGUAACAAUCCUUCUGUAAAGCGUAUGGGAUAUGCUAGAAUUCUAGCCAUAACUGACAGCACGGGGCCUUUCUAAGAGCUCUUUCUGUAAGCUGUUGCACUUCUCGCUCAGAGGAUUGCUCUCCUAUAUUACUGGUGCUCAAUGAUAGGAAAAAUGAUUUAACACCUUAAAAAUUGAUAAGAUAAGAAAUCACUGAUGUGGUUUAUUCAAGGGUCACAUUCUGUGUGAUAACCAAUAGAUUAUUUAUCAUUGUCGUAACUGUUUACAGUCUGCUCCAGUUCUCUGUAGUCACUUGCAGCUUGUUCUAUGUAAUCCAAAGACCCAAGUGUGGCUACAGGUUCUGGGGACAACAUACAAAAGUGUAUUAACAAAAAAUAAACUGUAUUAAACAAAAAGUAAAACUAAAGCAAAUACAAAGAAUAAUUGGAUGUAACCACUAUAAACCCCAAACUUGCAGAUUACAUACGUAGCAUAGUGAACCCCAAUGUAAUAUCCUGCAUCUCCAACAGAAUUCACAGGUCUUCAGAAAGGUAAAUACAAGCAUCUUCAUUUUAGUCCCUUAGGCUAAUGUUUUCAAGAUGAGAUGCCAUACAUGUUCAACAAAUGUGUAUUUACAUUUCUGGACAGUCUGUAUUAAAGCUUCGAUAACAAAAAAGGAAAUCCCUAGAUGGAAGACUGGCAAAUUUCAGCCUCCUGGUGAUUACUAUAAUGCUAUGUUGGAGUUUCCUUUACAAACACCCAUGAGUGCGUAUGUAAUUAUUAGACAAUACUUAAUCUGAGUUUCAGUAUAUUACAUUUGGAUAUGUUGUGCUCUGUCAUCUGGAAAUGUCAUGUUAAUACAUUACUAAAAAUUGCCUUUAAUCUUUUACAUAUUUUUACUUUCUGUUUAACAGACUAUUUUAAUUUUUUUUAAAGUUUAAUUUUGUAGUUGCUGGUUUGGUGCCCUCGGUAUUGUAAUUUAGGCUUUUUUUUUUUUCUGCUUUGGGAACAUGGUCCCCUGGGCUUGAGCGGUGUAUCUUUGUUUACGUAUAUUGUUCUUUCCUCAAGAGUGCCCCUCUGUACUUACUAAUAUGGUUUCCCAUGGACUGGGUCACACAGACAGUGAGGAUCUUUUGCUGCAGGAGCAACUGGAGCUUGCCGAUGGUUGCUGGUGAUUGGAUACGUGUGCGUUUCUUCUUCACCGUUACCCACCAAAAAGGCUUAUGGUGAUUCAGCACCCCACUUACAAAAACAAAACAUUUGGAUGGCUAAUGAAGAUGAGACAGCAGGCAGAAGGACAAGAUUUUUGCCAGAAUCUAUUUUUAAUUUAAUUUUUUAAAUAAACACAAAAUGUAUUGACUGGACCGUUAGCCUCCUUUUAGAGCUGUAGUGGUUAUGAUGCUUAUAAGUGUCCUAAGUAUCACUUUAAAAUGUCUGAAAAUCUUACGUUAAGAGAAUUUAAAAAAACAAACUGAAUUUUUUUUUUCUGUUUUUGGGGCCAGAUACACCUUAACACACCUUAACCUCAUUAAUACCGAUUGAUAGCUAGCUCCCUUGUUUAAUAGUUAAUAUGUAUAUAUAUUUUUUUUUUCUUCUUGAGUUUUCAACUUCUGAAAGUUCGUUAUUCCAUAUAAGCACAUAAGUGAUGAGUGCGAGUGUCCCGUCAUCCAAGGGGGAGUUUUCAUUUCAUAAUGUGCCUUCUACAUGACUGUCUCUGUACAAACCUUGACUUUUGUGUUUCCUUAUUAGAUUUUCGUUUUGUUAAUUUUAGGCUAUAACUUAUAUUUGUUAAAUUUCUUUUUGUAUAUUCUUUUUGUAUACAACCAUGUUAAUGUUUCAUAUUGAAAGGCCUUACUCUGGAAAUAAAUACUAUGUAAACAGUAA